CGUGGGAUUACAAGGGGCAAAACUGAGUGAGUGGCGCAGCUGAUGGAGGGAGAGAUGGAUUGGGUCGGGAAGCUACAACGACAAGCAGAAGAAUGGAUCACCAUAGUGGAGGAGGGAUGCAAGCUGAUGCAGACGAUAGUGGGGCUGCUUAUGUAACAACAGCACGAAGGGGAGGAGAUCGAUGGGGGAGCGAAUUCGAUGGAACAGUGGUUGGAAGAUAGGGUUCAGGAGUUGUCAGAUAUCUUGUGGGAGCUGGAGGAUGGGCCGGAUCCCCGUCUCGGUGUCUACAUCGACUGGAGGCGGGCGGAUGACAGGUUGGCUGCUUGCAGAACCCUCUUCACAUUGGGGCGAGAUCUACACAAUCAGUUGGAGUAUCGGUAUGGAUUGCUGGCAGAUGAAGAUGAUUGCAGCGAAAACAUAAGUUACAGCGACAUCAACGAUAGGGAUGGUGUCAACAAUGACAAUGAUGGGGGGGCCGACGUCCACGGCUGCAGCACAAUGGGAGAGAUACAACAGGUGGACACGAACUCGGAAGAUAAUGGAGACGUCAACAACAACAACAACAACAACAACAAUAUCAACUACAGCAACAACAACAAAAACAAUGGUGUGCAGGGAGUGGGGUUGGGUGAAAUGAGCAAAGGGGAUGUGAAGGUUGACAGUAACAUCAACAACGAUGGCGAGAACAACAAUGACGACCACGCCAACAACAACAACAACAACAACAACAACAACCACCACCACAACAACAACAAUAACAACAACAACAACAACAACAACAUGAAGGCGGAAUUGAGAGAAGAACAGGUGACGAACAGUGGUGAUGCCACGAUUGAUAGUGACGAGUAUAAGGGGGCAGAUGGUGAGUGGUGGGUUGACCUAAUGUCGCUUUCUUAUCAGCUCGUUGCAAAGAGGGCUGUUGUCGGAGAUGAGAGGAAACAUGCCUUCGAUGAGGCAGGAGAGGGGGAAGUGGCGUUGGGGUUAAUGGCAACGACGACAGCAGCGACGGUGACAGCAACGACAAAUACAGAAACUAAUACAGCAAUGACAUCAACAACAAUAACAACAACAUCAACAACAGUAACAACGACAUCGAUCGACGUCGAAGCGGCUGAGAUGGCGACAGCAGAAACACCAAUAACAACAACACAAGCAACAACAACAAUGAUUGAUGCCGACGGUGGUGCUUAUCCUCAUCACGGCAUCGGCGACCAUGGCGAGAGGGAAGAUACCACUGAUGAGGCAGAUGAGUGCGGUGUGGAAUUGGGGCUAAUGGCAACGGCGGUGGUGACAACAACAACAACGGCGAAGGCCAGCGUCGCCACAAUGAUAGCAGAAGAACUAAAGCUAAUAAUAACAACAGCACCAGGGAAGUGGGGGGCAGCUAGCAACUUGGUUGGGCUGGCGAGGUGGGAGUUGUGGUUGAAGGGUGAGAGAUUGGAAAAUCAGAGUAAUAAAAGUAAUCAGAUGCCUGGUGGUGAUCGCUUGAUCACAAGGGCUAUUGACAUCGUGAAUGAGCAGGAGAAAGAUCAAGAGGAAAAUAACAAUGACCGAGUAAUGGAAAUAGAGGAGUUCCGACGCUUCAAAGGAUGGAAGGGAGAAAGGGAGACAGAGGGAGGUGGGGAAGUCGAGAAGAAGGGAGUCGAGGGGAAAAAGGAAAUCGAGGGAGGGGAGAUAGUGGAGGGAGAGGGAGGGGAGGAAGACGUGUUGGUGUUUGGGAAAUAAAGAGAGGAGGAGAGGGGGAAAGAGGGGUAGAACAAAGGGAGGAGGAAACAACAGAGAUCAACGCAAUCCCAGAGAUCAACGCAAUCCCAGGGGUUUACAUGACAGGGAUAGAGUUGCUGGCCUCAGUGGUCAAGGAAAAUCCGAGUUCAUCUUGGCUUCAGAAAGUGAAGGGUCCGUUUUAUGAUAAAACAUUAGAAAUCAAGCGCACAGGACCACGAAUGAAUACCCUUCAAAUCC